AUGAAUAUGUUGGAUGAUGAAGAUGACCAAAGCUUUCACGCUACGCGUGACGGCUACUCCCAUUUGAGCGAUGUCGAAUGGGAUGCGGUUGAACGAAUGGGUUCAACCAUGGGCAUCCAUGCUGUUAGCGUCAUGCUAGAGGCUCUCAAUAGAGAUGCCCAGCAUGGUACUAUCGCCAAGUUCAUUCAAAAUGAACUUGACGCAGAACGCGAGAAAGUAGCCUUGCUUCACCAACAAGGUUCUCAACAAGCAGAGUUGUUGAGAGAACAGGGUGCUCAACAGUUUGAACUGUUGAGACAGCAGCAGGCUGCUGCUGGCGGGUCGAUGCACUCGCGUCGACCCGAGACCUUGAAGAUUGACAUCUCCAAGUAUAGGGGAGUCGAAGAGGACUCCCUCUUGAGAUGGUUCGUCGAAUUGGAUGACGCCAUAAGGGCGCGUCGCAUCGACGACGGAGAUAUGCAAGUUGCAUUUGCCCAGUCAAAUCUGGCAGGACGUGCCAAGACUUGGGCACUGGGGCUCAAGUUGCACGACCCAUAUGCGUUUGGGUCGUUGGAAGUCUUCAAGUCGCGGCUCAGACAAACGUUUGAACCGCCUAGAGCUGAGUUCAGAGCUCGAACCGAACUCUUGAAGCUCAAACAAGGUAAGCGUGAUGUGCACGCUUACGCGCAACAUAUACGAUAUCUCACGAGUUGCAUAAGUUCCAACCCGGUUGAUGAACACACGUUGGUUUCGGUGUUCAUGCAGGGUCUUGCGGAUGGUCCCGUCAAGACUCACCUGUUCCGACUUGAACUAGAUUCACUAGAACAAGCCAUUUCCAUUGCGGAAACAGGAAGACUUCAGGCUGAGACAGGCCCGCGCCAGAUCGACAUCAUAUUGUCAACCGAGACGAUAUGA